AUGGUCAACUUCCACCUUAGCUCCGAGGACAUUGAGCUCGAGGACGGCCACAUCCUCGUCGCCAAGUGCGGCAACGGUGACGGCGAUAUGGUUGAGUCUCGUCUCGACCUCGACUACUACAUCGGCAACGAUGAUGGUAGCUUCUCCUGGGGCGGUGAGAACUUCUCGGGCUCCGCUGAGGACAUUGAGCUCAGCAUCGAGGGCGACGACAACGUCCCCAUCCUCCGCGCCAAGCUCAACCCCGUCGACGGCGACCCUGUCGAUGCCGACCUGAACCUCGCCGAGCGCAUCGGCAACGACAACGGCGUCCUUGUCUUUGUUCAGUUCUAA